UCAGACUGUUUUGAAUCGCCAUUAAUUGAUUUCUCUUUGUAUAAUUUUCCUUUAUUUUCAUGCGAAAAAACAUUUCGUCAAAUUUCCACAUAAUUGUGUACACAGCAGAAGACAAACAAAUCCAGACCUAAAGUAAACAAUAAGCAGAAUAAAAUGUGUUAAUUGUAUAUGUGUGCAAAGAAUGGGAUAAGAUCUAAAAGGCAGAGACAUAAAAAUUAAUAGGAGACUUGAAGGUUCCAAAAUUCAAGUUUGAUAAUGGCUCAGGAGUGUACAGAAGAGGCAUUUAUUAUCUAUCGAGAGGGAGUGGCUCAACAGCUACAGUGGGCUCUUGCGCCAGCACUACAACGUGAGCCAGCCGUGCGUCUCUGUGCAGUAGAUCAACCAAAUUUACUUUUUAUUCUAACUGCUGAUGGAGCACUUUACAUGGCUAACAAAGCAAUGCAUGCCGCUAAUACACUGAAUAUACAACUUCACCGGACUAAAAUAACGGAUGUGUCGUACUGUCGUCAUAUGAAUCAGUUGUUUGUUGUUACUACAGAGGGGGAAGUGCAGAUGCAAUACUUAAAACAUACUGGUAGCGCAGCUUUGGACAUGGAGCCAUGGCAAACACUAUCCUUCGACCCGCUCGAACUCUCCGAAGAGGGUAUAUUCAUUGAGCGUAUUUGUUGCGCUGCUCGAGGUGUAAUAUUUAUGACCCGCUCAGGAGAAUUGUAUGUAAUGGGCAGUUGUGGUGAGGUAUUUAAUGCAGAAGUGCAGCCCAAGCAUUUGCGUCUAAUCGAAGAAAGCAAGGAAAUUCUGGAUAUCGUAGCCGGCGAUGAAUUCUUUGUUUUACUGAUUCAGCGUUCUUAUCCAGAACAAGAAGACCCAUUGGAACUAUGGGGCAGCAAAGUCAAACAAAACCAAGCCUCUACAUCAACGCAUUCUCCUUCAUCUGGGCGUGUGCGUUGCGGUAACCAUCCGCAAAUUGAAACUUCUGCAGGCGAAGAAGCAGUAGAUAAAAAGCUUGAACUCAAUUCCAACUCGUCAGUACGGUCCUACAGCAGUACAAAAUCAAGUCACACACAACCAGAUGACAUCGAUUAUAAUAUCAAAGAAAUUCUAAAACAAGGAUACACUUUACUGCAUACACAGGUAUGUACCUUUGGUGCCGAAAAUGGAGGCCUCCUGGGCACCGGCGAUCACAUAAGACGUAAUACGGUAAAUUAUCUGCAAAAGUUAGAAGCGCUGGGAGUAUGUAGUGUGGCAGCAGGACGAGAGCACAGCGUGGCUCGCACUCUAGAUGGCAGACUCUUCCACUGGGGGCUUAAUACACAAUUUCAACUAAACAACCAGAACGAAAUAACGGAUAUAAGUUCGCCAACAGAACUUAAAUUGGACAAAGUGCAGUUGGAGGUGAGCCAGCGAAACAUUCUAAACGCCUGCUGCGGAGACUUUCAAACUAUUCUAAUGAAUGCGCGCGGCGAAAUACAACUAAAGGAACAUCAGCUAUCGAGCUUUGAACAACAUUUGUUGACUUUAAAUAUGCGGGAUGCCACAAAUCGGAAAACAAUUCCCUUACUACUCACUGCAGCGACAUAUACUUUGCAGAACCGUCGUAAUUUUCAGCGCCAGUUUCACGCCUAUUACAUCGGUCUUCAGCAACAACUUAAACAGUUACUUAGGUAUCGUCAUGGCAUACAAAUGAUUGAGCUUUUCCAACAGAAGAGCACAGCCUUAGUGCUAAGGCAGCUGCAGCAUAUAUGCCAAUACUACCAUAAACUUUUGUACCUAAUCGCUUGCACAUUGCGUUCCUUUGAGGACUUCUACCGCUCAGACUUCACGAACCCUGCAGAAUUAGUAUUUAUUCAGCACUACCGCGAGUGUAUUGAGCUGUUUGCACAGUACACGAAGGGUUAUUGUGACCUUUACUCUGUCGAUGGCUUUACUGAGGCAUCGAAACUCUAUAACCACUUAUCAAGUGUGCCACUCCUACCGGGGCAGCGCGAUCAUAACGUUGACUUGGUGCGCAUCUGCCAGCAGCCAUUUCAAGUGUUUCCUCAUUACUUACAAUUUCUCGAACAACUUAUAAAGACACGCCCUGAAUUUACAGAACAUCUCUUGGCUUGGGAUGGCUUCGCGCGCCAGCAACGUAUCGAUUUGGAGCUUGCCGAGAAUACCUUAGAGUUUUGGAGACGCAACGAGCGUAACUCUAAAAUACGGCACUUCCGCCGUAAGCAGCGGCGCGUUAUACUGACAUCGACGACAGUGCCGCUAAAGUUGGCUCACACCACGAUGAGCAUGUCCAGCACCACAUUCAUUUUAUUUUCCGAUUGCUUCUGUCAGGUCGGCAGCCAACUCUACACAUAUCCUUUGGUGACGCUCUGGCUGAAAAUGGAAAACGACACCGCUUUGCGCAUCACCACACCGGAGCGCACCUUUACACUUUUGGCCCGCACAAACCACGAUAAGAAACUGUGGUUUGAUCAAAUCGAAUCGGCUGUCAAAGCGGCACUGGGACGUUCUUCUGACGGGAAGCUGUCGAGUGUGCGCACUACGGCUCACGUUUUCAGUCGCAACCACGCCAUGUACGCCGGCGUGCAUGCUUAUGGACGCUGGCGGAAUGGAGUGCUGCAUGGAAAAUGCUAUCUGGAGUAUCCCGACGGGCGAGUCUACUUCGGCCAGAUCCGGAACGGUGAGAUAGAAGGUUAUGGCAAAAUGGUAAUGCCCUCGGUAGGCAUAUACGAAGGCCAUUUCAAGUCGGGUAAAUUCCAUGGCCAUGGUACCUAUGAGCUGAAGGAGAACGAAGUUUACGAAGGACACUUUCGCGAUGGUCUAUUUCACGGUCAUGGCACGCAGCGCAGCAACAGCUACACCUACGUCGGUGAAUAUCAGGCCAAUGCCAAAUGUGGCUAUGGCAUUUUGGACGACAUGCUAACAGGCGAUAAGUAUAUGGGCAUGUUUGCGGACAACAAACGUGUCGGGGCUGGGAUUUGUAUUACAAUGAAUGGCGACUACUUCGAAGGCUUAUUUGCGAAUGAUGAGCUGGCUGGUAACGGCAUAGCUGUGCUGGAGCGCGAUUAUUACUAUGAGGGUGAACUAUCGGUGCACGGACCAAAUGGAAAGGGCACGUACUACAUGCCUACUGGCAUGGCGGAUGCUGAGGACUCAGGCAUAAGCGAAAAUGAUGAGAUCGCGAGUCGUCAAAUGAUUGGCAAUGUAUUGAGUGGCCAUUUGGGGGGUACUUGGCAAGAAGUGCGCAUUUUCUCUGGUGCUAUGUCUAUGAAUAAACAUUUUCCCAAAUAUCCCAAAUCUAUCGGUGCACUUGUCGUUGAUAAUAGCCGAAAAUGGCGUUCUUUAUUUGAGAAUUUCGAGGAAGAGGUGCUCGGCAGCCACACGGGCAACAACAACCAAAAACCUGAUGACAGCCUAAACGUCACAAAAACCCUCUGGAAUCGUAUUGCGGUUUACAUGCGUUCAGAACGCGAACGCGAGCGAACGUUGGAGCAACAUGAUACUGCAUAUCAAUCGUCUCGAAGUUACUUUGCGAAGAAUAUUUCAAUCGGCUUUUCCAACAGCUUCGACAAACUUAGCCUUAAGUCCACAAAUAGUUUGCUCACCACAGCAAAGUCGAGCAUACUUGAUUUGAGUAGUAACCUGUUGGACUCGCGGCGUUCGCACUCACAGGAGACGCUUUAUGAUGCUGAUUUAAACGACUUCGAUAGCGUUUGGGGCACACAAAGUGUCACCCACUACAACAACGAAGACAACAACUCCAUCAGUGCAUUGUUCAAUACGCCGCCUAAGAACUGGUUGGACGAUGCAAAUACGUCUAGUUUACGCUCGUCAUUCGAUAGUAUAAUAAAUCUAAGUGAAAGCUUUAAUAAUAACAGCAGUUUCACCUCACAAAACGAUCUGGAAAUCAUGCCCAGCUUCGGCAUUACUUCGCUCACAGAAGAGGAUGUGUCCGCCAUCAAAGAUUACCUGCAACAAGCGUUUAAGGAUCGGUAUCAUCCUUUGCACUUGUUGAAUCAACGCAUAGCCUACUGCUUCUACACUUCAUAUGGCUGUUGGAAGGUCAAGCCAACACCAAUACUAGCAAAACAGGCGAUGCGAGAAUGGGAAUCCAUCUCCAAACGUGCAUAUCGAUUUGUGCAAAAAAUGUUUCCUGCGUUACCCGAUGAUUACUGUGUAAUAGAGAAUACGCGCGAAGUCGUUUCGCACAUCACGCUGCUCUAUCCAAUCGUAUUAAGCGAGGGCAUAUAUUCGACAUUGUUUGUGUUGUACGCAAACAAGUGCAGUGUGAAAGACGAAAUGUACAGGCAGAAUCUAAUUUAUGCGGAAAAGCUGAAGGACGACGAACUGGCCGCUUGUCUGAGGCUAGAGAGUUCCUUUUUGCCGAUUGUGCGGCAUGCGCUCUACGCGGAGGCAAUACAAACCCUGAAGCAACUCCAAGAAAAAUACAGCCCGAAAGCGAUGUUAACUGUGAUAGAGAGUUGCAUACAAAAAAUUACCGAUGCACACAAUGCAAUUGCAAGUGCAAAUUCUGUGAUAUUAGCUGCCGAUGGCAUGAUGCCACUCACCCUCUUUCUGGUGUUGCGCGCCGCUGUACCUCAUCUUGGCGCCGAAUUGGCGCUGCUGGACGAUUUGACCGGUGGCACUAAUUUCCAGUUCGAAAUGAAUGGCAUUGCUGGCUAUUGCUAUACAACGCUCAAGGCUGCCUAUGAACACAUCACCGCGGUGCCGCUAAAUAAGACGUAAUGGAGCCCACACAACCCUGCUCAAAUACAUUUAGACAACCAAUUGCUUUUUUUCUACAAAAACAAAAAGCUCCUCAACUCCUCGAACUUUCUUCGUUGACACAAUGAAUUUAAAAUCCUUGCGUUCUCGUGAAAUGAAGUGAAUGAAAUGAAAAUUAAGUUAACAUUUCGCAAAGCCAAAUAACACCACGAAUAUCAUUUAAUUUUGAAUUCGAAAUUUAUAAAUACUUCGAAAUGACUUUGUUGCAUAUACUUAUAUUUUUAUUGCCUGUAAAUUUGCAAAUUUGCGGGGAAAUGUUUUAAAAUCAUUGCUAUUUUAAAGCCACAGUGAACAAAUAUUCCCAAAAUUAUUAGUUGUUAGUCAUAAAAGUGUAAAGUUUUAGUAUUAUAAAAAUAUUUAAAAUACGUACUAACAUUCCACUAAAUAAAAAAUGAGAGUAGCAAAUAUGGAUUAUCUGUGGAUUGUAACGGACAAAGCAGGGAUCUGUAUGUAAAGUCGAGAAGAAUAUGUAAUAAUAAAAGAAAUCUGUUACCAAA